AUGUCCACCACUACCAGCGACGGAGGUAUCGAUUUCGCGCUAUACCGCUACACCCCUUCAAUAGUGGCGGCAGCCAUUUUUGCAGUCAUCUUCUUGGUGAUCACUUUUGCACACGGCCUUCGACUCUGGCGCCAUGGUACUUAUUUCUUUGUACCAUUCAUCAUCGGCCUACUUUUUGAGUGCGCGGGCUAUAUUGCCCGUAUCUUCUCACACUUUGACACCAAGGCUCUUGGUCCAUACAUCGUUCAGACCAUGCUUAUUCUCGUCGCGCCGCCGCUUUUUGCCGCCUCAAUCUAUAUGACUCUCGGCAGAGUCAUUGUAGCUCUCCAAUGUCAACAGUUCUCACUUGUGUCCGUUCGAUACCUGACCAAGAUAUUCGUGGUCGGGGAUGUGAUAUCGUUCCUUCUCCAAUGCGGUGGUGGUGGAUACAUGGCCGCUGGAUCAAUCUCCGCGAUGAACACGGGUGCAAAUAUCGUCAUCGGUGGUCUCGUGAUCCAACUUCUCUUCUUCGGGUUUUUCGUCAUUGUGUCGGCCGUGUUCCACUGGCGCGUAAAGAGGAAUUCUCGAGACAUUUCACAUGCCAGGGAACUUGACAAGAAGUGGGAAUCCAUCAUGUGGGCUUUGUACGCUGCCUGCUUCCUGAUUCUGGUGCGAUCAAUCUUCCGUGUGGCUGAAUUUGUUGAGGGCAACAAUGGGUUUAUCAUGCGGAGAGAAUACCUCUUAUAUAUUUUCGAUGCCUGUCUCAUGGCCUUGGCUGGUGUUGUGUUGGUGAUCACUUACCCGGGCUCUUUUCUUGGCCGAGAGAAUGCCCAUCGGGACAGUGCACUCCAGCUUAUGUCUACGGAUGACGACUACUCAACGCAGAGGUCAAAGGCCUAG